GGCGCCCCCCCAAAGACACGGCUGGGGGCUCUGCUGGCGGGGAGCGCAGCUGGGAGGUGGGGACGAGCUGGGAAAGCGAAGAAUGAGAUGGAGAAACGUCCCCUCUUUCCCGUCCCCGCCUCAGAGCAGGGGACCGCGGAGAGGUGGGUUCUUGGGAAUGCGAAAGGAAAGCGGUUCUGGAGAGACUCGGGCCUGAAGGAGGGCGCGGGAAGGGCUCCUUGGAAAAUGCCCCCGAGGGCGCUGGAACCUUUAACUGUUUGCCGCGCUGCUCCACGGCUGGGGUCGGCACUCGGACCGAGCCUGAGCUGGAGAAAGCUCCUGGCGCCUUCCUUCCCGCGGCUGCAGGGCGGCGAGUGGGCGCAGCGCUGCCCGCAGCUUCUGCCGCAUCCGGCUCCCGGGCGGAGCAUCCGCCGCUGCCGGGAAUCUUGGCCGCCAAGUCCAAGGACGAGGAGUCACCGAGCGCGGCCUUCGGGGGGUCUUUCAAGACCUGUCCUGCGCUGUGCGCGGCUCGCUGUAGCAUCCGGAAGGAGAAAGGAGUGGGGGGAAAAUAAUUCUGGCAAACCUUUCAGGCUUACAACAUCUCCGGAUCCUAAAAGCUUACGUUUGGGGCAAAGUUGAAGUUUUGGUAGCGUUAGGAAGAGGGGACUCUCCUCACUCGCGGUGGUGCUCUUUUCCUGCGGGCCAUGUGCUUUUCCCAUCAGCUUGGAGGGACCGGCAGAUGCGGGAAUCCGAGCAAUUUUUUUGAGGGGGGAGCAUUGUUAAAACUUCUUAAAUGCAGAGUGCCUCUAAGUCAUUUUUUUGCAAACGGAGCUGGCCCGGAGAUGGUGCAGGCAGAUCAUAUGGGGAUUGCUGGGGAGACCCACAGACAGUUGGAAUUGGGUUUGAAUUAGGGCAAAGUACAAAAGAUUACAAACUUGAAAUGCUAAUUAUCAUUUGGGGUUUCCCUCAUUUCUCAAUGAUUGAUAAGGAAGUUGUAAUUGAAGCAGCCACCAGAAGCUGUUGUACCUAGAACUGAGUUUUUAAAACAAGUAAAUAGCAGUGCUUUCUAGGGCUUGGAACAGAGAUGCGGUCAUGGACAGAUUUGGGGAGACCAGGGGACACCAACCAUCCAAAAACGGUUGGUACUGGGGAAGUAUGACUGUUAAUGAAGCCAAAGAGAAAUUAAAAGAGGCACCAGAAGGAACUUUCUUGAUUAGAGAUAGUUCGCAUUCAGACUACCUACUAACAAUAUCUGUUAAAACAUCAGCUGGACCAACUAAUCUGCGAAUCGAAUAUCAAGAUGGGAAAUUCAGAUUGGACUCUAUCAUAUGUGUCAAGUCCAAGCUUAAACAAUUUGACAGUGUGGUUCAUCUGAUCGACUACUAUGUUCAGAUGUGCAAGGAUAAGCGGACGGGCCCAGAAGCCCCCCGGAACGGCACUGUUCACCUUUAUCUGACCAAACCGCUCUACACGUCAGCACCGCCUCUGCAGCAUCUCUGCAGACUCACCAUUAACAAAUGCACCGGUGCCAUCUGGGGACUGCCUUUGCCAACAAGACUAAAAGAUUACUUGGAAGAAUAUAAAUUCCAGGUAUAAGUGUUUCUCUUUUUCUAAACAUGCCUCAUGUAGAGUAUCUCCGAACGCAGCUAUGUAAAGAGAACCAAAACCUGAGUGACUGCUCUGGAUAACUACCCGGAAGUCUGAGAACAGCCGGCUCAGUCUAACCUACAUGUGUGGCUAGGUAGCUAGGUCAAGUUCCCUCACAUGUUCACCUGAGAAAUGCUUCCCUGCCUAAGCCUAAGACCAGCUGAUCCUUUUAAGUUAAAAAUUAAAUGUCCCAAGUAAAGGCCGAAGUAAGCUUUUGAUCAGAAUGCCUUGCCUUUCUGAGGUUCCUUUCUCUUUGGUUGGAGGUCCAGGCACCAGUAGUAGAGAAAGGGAGAAAGGACUCCAUGGCGGAGAACUGAAGAAGGGGAAGGAACCUGACAGGCUUAGCUUCCACUUUAUAUGCCUGGUGAUCCGAUUCUAUUUUGGACAUGUUAUAUUUUGCAUUCUGAUGUUCCUAGGGGUUUUGUUGAUCAGAUAUGCUUGUGAGUAUUUAUCCUUCAUUUUAUGCAAUUAACCAAGUCAACCAAAAAAAAAAAAAUGACCAUGAAAUCCUGUAUUUGUCUUUUUACUACAUGUAUGAACUCUUUCAUGUGAACGCGUACUGUAGUAAUCCAUUUUAAGAGAGCCUUACUUCAGAAAUAUUUCAAACUGGUGCAAACGGAAAAGACUUCAUCUUUUCCAUUAAGGCUAAAGACAAGAAUGUCAUGCUAUACAGGUGCAACCCCAUCCAGGUUAAUAAAACCAUGUAGAUAUAGACAUUUUACCCUUUGAAGUAUCUGUGUCCCAACCUGUUGCCAUGGAUUUUUUUGGAAAUGGCUUUAGAAAUUUCCAAGUUGUCCUUGAAUUGUCUAACUAUAGACAUCAGCAGUUGUCUCCCUUCUACCAUGUAGAAAACUUUGACUUAAUUUUCUUCCAGAUAUAAGGGGAUACCUGCCUGUUUUUCAAAGUGUUUAUUUACUGCUGUUACUAUUUGAUUAGAAUGUAUUAAAUAAAAAAAAACCCUGACUUUUA